AUGAAUUCAUCAUUUUGUUCCAAUUCCCAUCAUUGUCUGGGACCUGGGACCUCUAAUCCCUACCUUGCCCUCCCGCCACCUGAAGACGAGAUCCCCGACCUUGACGAGUUACCCUCCAAACAACCACCUUCACCUCCACCUACCACACCUGCUUGUACCAUGUCAGGACAUCACCGCAUCACCCUCGCCACCAACCCUCCUUACUUCAAUGGGGACAAGUCCAAAUAUCUAGGCUUUGAUAAGACCAAGAUCCUCUUCGUCCUCUCCUACCUCCGUAACAAGACCAGCAUGAGCUGCGCCACCUCAAGAUGGGCAAUGAACUGGAAGCAGCACAACUUUGAUGGCUUCCAGGGGCUGAAGGCAGGGGUCACAUCAAAGAACUUCCUGGAGGAGCUUCAGAGAGCUUUUGGGGACUCCAAUAUGGAACAAGUUGCUGCUGCUCGACUCAUGGCCCUGCGCCAAAACAAACGGUCCUUUGCGGACUACAUCUCCAACUUUGAGAUAUUGGCUGCGGAUGUAGGAUACAAUGUAGUUGACACCACCAACAACAAGGGCGAGUACAAGAAGGGGGACCAAGACAAUAUCCUCAUCAAGUUCCUGGAGCGCGGACUCAGUAGCAAGAUCGCCAGCUGUCUCUACAACACUGGUGUCCCUCUGCCCAAGGCCUAUGGGGCGUUCAAAGCCUGGUGCAUCAACAUCGAAGCCAAUGCUCUACGCGACCAGCUACGCAAGGCAUCUUACGGACAUCCCACGCCACGACCACCUCCUCAGUUCCGCCCACAGGCUGCGCCAACAAUGCCUGCACCUGCACCGACCCGACCCAUUGCCAAUAAACCGGUUCUGAUGGAAAUUGAUUGCACCCACGCCCGCGGCCGCAAUAUCAUCUGCUACAACUGUCAGCAGCCUGGGCACAUUGCGCGGAACUGUCCAGAGCCAAGGAAGAAGUGCACAUUCUUCAACUGGGCCACAAUGCUAGAAGAGAUCGAGAAUGGGGACAAGGACAACGAGUUCCUCAAGGAGAUUGCCGAGAAGCUGCGCGAGAAGGGUUUUUGA